AUGGCUUUUCGACUGUGUUUUCGGCCGUUGAGCUCCUUUCUUGGACGUCUGUCUGGGCCUAGAAUUGGAAAGAGAAAUUACUCUCAAGAGAUCCAGACUGUGACUCUUAUUCCUGGUGAUGGCAUUGGACCUGAAAUCUCAUCGUCUGUUCAGGAGAUUUUUGCUGCAGCCCAGGCUCCAAUUGCAUGGGAACCGGUGGAUGUCACCCCUGUGAAGGGGCCGGACGGAAAAUUCCACAUUCCUACCAAGGCUGUGCAAUCUAUGCACGGCACGACAGUGGGACUGAAGGGACCGCUUGCAACACCAAUUGGAAAGGGUCAUCAGUCACUCAAUCUUGCACUGAGGAAAGAGUUCACCUUGUAUGCUAAUGUGCGACCAUGUAAAUCAAUAGAAGGCUAUGAGACUCCCUAUAAAGAUGUGGACUUGGUGACGAUAAGAGAAAAUACAGAAGGAGAAUACAGCGGUAUUGAGCAUGUGAUCGUUGAUGGUGUAGUCCAAAGUAUCAAACUCAUCACAGAGCAGGCGUCACGGCGGGUGGCGGAGUAUGCGUUCAAAUAUGCCCAAGACAACAACCGUAGUACCGUCACAGCUGUACACAAAGCCAAUGUGAUGCGAAUGUCCGACGGUCUCUUCCUGAAGUGCUGCAGAGAUGCAGCAGCAAAAUAUAGAGGGAUCAAGUUCCAAGAGAUGUAUCUCGACACAGUUUGUUUAAAUAUGGUGCAAGAUCCUGCGGAAUUUGAUGUUCUAGUCAUGCCCAACUUAUAUGGUGAUAUUCUAAGUGAUCUCUGUGCUGGUUUGAUAGGUGGCCUCGGUGUUACGCCAAGUGGUAAUAUUGGUGAAGGUUGUGCCAUCUUUGAAUCGGUGCACGGUACGGCACCAGACAUUGCUGGUCUAGACAAAGCUAAUCCCACUGCCCUGCUGCUUAGCGCCGUUAUGAUGUUACGCUACAUGGGACUUGGAUCGUAUGGAGCAAGAAUAGAAAAAUCCUGCUUUGAGACAAUCAGAGAAGGAAAGUACUUGACUGGUGAUCUUGGAGGUUCGGCGAAAUGUUCAGAUUUCACGAAAGCCAUAUGUGACAAAGUUGUAGCAAUGGAUUGAAUCAAAUAAACUUCCGCUGACUGACUCUUGAAAUUCAUGUUUCGUAUCAGUUUGAGGUUUUCAUGUAUGUGCUCUAUUCCCAAACCCCCGCCAAAAAUAUAUCUCAAAAUCUGUGAAAACAAGAGGAGAUAAGUAUAAACCUUUUUCACACAAUUGAGCCAAACAUCGUGAGAGAAAUCCUGUUAUUAAAUGAUGUGGAUAAUGACCACAUGAUCAUAACAAAACAAUCCACCCCAUCAACCUUUCAAUCAAUUUUGAUAGCAAACUACCAGUGUCACUAUCAAGUCCUACUUCUACGUAGUUGCUAUCAGUUGUUGUUAUGAUAAAUUGAAUGAAGCAUUUCUUGUGGGUAUCUGAAUCCACAAAAAAAACUGUUUUCUCAGAAAGUUGUGGGAUCAUUUGAUGUUUCAUUAUUUGCUAUAAUAGUACAGUAGAACCUCCCUUAGUGGACACCUCUCUAUUAAGGACACCCUCUCUAUAAAGGACACUAAAUUUGGUCCCAAAUUCGGUGUUUCCAUUCAAUUUGACAUCUCUAAUCAAGACACCUCUCUAUUGAGGACAGCACUUGUCAGUCCGUAGGGUGUCCUUUAUAGAGAGGUUCUACUGAUCUUUUUCUUGCUAGUUUGAUGUAAAAUACUCAAAUCUUUUAAUGUCCAGGCUGCGUUUUAGUUCAAAUGUGUAAGUUUUUUUCUCAUUGCCCAGUAGUCCAAAUGGCUUUAUGUGAAAACUUUUGGCUGUAUUUGAAGAGUUGCUGUUAAAGUUAGUGCAGUGGAAUGUUAGGGCCAUACAUGUACUUGGUGUAAAAAACGCGAUACACUUUUAAAAUAGAAUAGCGUCAAAAUUUAUUCAGAACAUUUAUCCAAUCCUUGUAUUAUCAUAUAUACAAUGUAUGUAGCUAAGCUGGCUGCAGGCUGCAGCGUUAAACUGACAUUGAAAGAAGCUACUGUACGUUGCUGAUUUUGAGGUUAUUUCUUGUGAUCUUGACACACAGCCGAGCUAAAUCAUACAAUCAUCGAGGCUAAAAACUAUUAUUUAACUAGGUUCUAAAUAUAUUCUUGAUGCUACAUGAUUGUAUUCAAUUUAAAAGUGUAUCGUGGUUUUUUUACACCCAGUAGUUAACAAAAAGUGCAAGAGAAUUGGAACUGAUUUUACUGUAGAUAUUAGUGCUGUUAGUAUGUGUUAGGGCCCAAAUGUUCAAAGCAUGUUAGCUCAUAUCAGCAUGUUGACAUUUUGUUGCAUGUAAAUUUAUAUGAAAUGUCAUGUCAUCUUGAGCUAACACGCUUUCUAACAACUGGGACUCUGAGAUUUUAAACUCAGGUAAAUAAGUGUUCUGAAAGUAGAAUGUUGGAAAGUUGUCAAAUAUGUAGACCAAAUUGUUUAGUAUCAUUACUAAGGCUUUAGUUAGAAUGGCAUCAGUAGUCGUACUUCCACCUAUCAAAUCCCUGUGUCUUUUGCGCUUACACCUAUGAAUUGCCGUGUCUAAAUAGACCCGUGUGUCAAAUCCCUGUGUCUAUCGGGGGCUAAUUAAGACCCGUGUUCAACACGGGUUUUUUGAUAGGUGGAAUCUGAAUAGACACGGCAAUUGCAAGUUCUAAGAUCCGGCGACAGAUGGCGCGGUGUAGUUGCCUCGGUAUUACGCCCCCUCCAACGGGAAAGAAACACAGGAGAGCUCCCUACCUACAGCACACCUGUCGCCGGGGCUAUUAACCAUUAUCUAACACCACUGAUAGGUGUAAGUGCGCCCCGGGUUUUUUGACACACGGCGAAGACACAGGUAUUGAAAAAUCACAGGGUUUUAUGAUAGGUGGAACUACGACUAAUAUUUGCUUGGGUUCUAUCAUCAAAAUGUUACACCUUCCAGUUACAUGUAUGAGAUUUUAAAUGUUAACCCAGUUAAUGUACAGUGUAAAAGAACAAUGCAUCAUUUUUCAUCAGGUUGGGACUCCCUUCAUUCAAAUUGAAAAUUGAAUAAAGAAAUUUCUAAUGUAAUCGACAAUGCUGUUAUAUAGACAGACAUACAAUACUAUAAAUACCAAAUUUGAAUCCAUGUAAUUGCAUUAUUGUGUACAAGACAGCGAUCCAAACUUCAUGGCGUCUUAGAAUUUGUAUUUUGAAACCACAGCUAAUUUAAUUGCAACACCUUUAAGUUCUAUUUUUCUUGAGUCACCAGUGCUGCGCAUGUAAAUAUGGUAUAAUAACUAGAAUGAUCUCAAGGAUAGCCUCUCCUUGAUGAUACCAAUGUGUGUAUCUAUUUGAAUGAGGUAGCCUAAAGUAGAUCAAUGUCGUACAUUUCUUAUAGGUGAGCUACCUGUACUUAAAAUACGAAACCAACUGUGAUCUCCAUUUUGUGUGGUUUCAGAUCAUUCAUGUAAUCAUUGUAAAGUUGUUUAAUAAG